CUUUGGCACAAUGAAGUGGGUAACCUUUAUUUCCCUCCUCCUCCUCUUUAGCUCUGCUUAUUCCAGGGGCGUGACUCGUCGAGAAGCACAUCAGAGUGAGAUUGCUCAUCGGUUCAAUGAUUUGGGAGAAGAACAUUUCAGAGGCCUGGUACUGGUUGCCUUUUCUCAGUAUCUCCAGCAGUGUCCAUUUGAAGAUCAUGUAAAAUUAGUGAAUGAAGUAACUGAGUUCGCAAAAGGAUGUGUGGCUGACCAGUCAGCAGCCAACUGUGAAAAGUCACUUCACGAACUCUUUGGAGAUAAACUGUGUACAGUUGCCUCUCUUCGCGACAAGUAUGGUGAGAUGGCUGAUUGCUGUGAGAAAAAAGAACCUGAGAGAAACGAAUGCUUCCUGCAGCACAAAGAUGACAAUCCCGGCUUCGGUCAGCUGGUGACCCCAGAGGCUGAUGCCAUGUGCACUGCCUUCCACGAAAAUGAACAGAGGUUCCUGGGCAAAUACUUAUAUGAAAUUGCCAGAAGACAUCCUUACUUUUAUGCCCCAGAACUCCUUUACUAUGCCGAAGAAUACAAAGGAGUUUUUACAGAAUGCUGCGAAGCUGCAGAUAAAGCUGCCUGCCUGACACCAAAGGUUGAUGCUUUGAGAGAAAAAGUACUGGCUUCAUCCGCCAAAGAGAGACUCAAGUGUGCCAGCCUCCAGAAAUUCGGAGAAAGAGCUUUCAAAGCAUGGUCAGUAGCUCGUCUGAGCCAGAAAUUUCCCAAGGCUGAAUUUGCAGAGAUUUCCAAGUUAGUGACAGAUCUUGCCAAAAUCCACAAGGAAUGCUGCCAUGGUGACCUGCUUGAAUGUGCAGAUGACAGGGCGGACCUUGCCAAGUAUAUAUGUGAAAAUCAAGAUUCAAUCUCCACUAAGCUGAAGGAAUGCUGUGGUAAGCCUGUGUUGGAAAAAUCCCAUUGCAUCAGCGAGGUGGAAAGAGAUGAGUUGCCUGCUGACCUGCCCCCGUUAGCUGUUGAUUUUGUUGAAGAUAAGGAAGUUUGCAAGAACUAUCAGGAGGCAAAGGAUGUGUUCCUGGGCACGUUUUUGUAUGAAUACUCAAGAAGGCACCCUGAAUACUCUGUCUCAUUGCUACUGAGACUUGCCAAGGAAUAUGAAGCCACCCUAGAGAAGUGCUGUGCCACUGAUGAUCCUCCUGCUUGCUAUGCCCAUGUGUUUGAUGAAUUUAAACCUCUUGUGGAAGAGCCUCACAAUUUAGUCAAAACAAACUGUGAACUUUUUGAAAAACUUGGAGAAUAUGGCUUCCAAAAUGCGCUCUUAGUUCGUUACACCAAGAAAGUACCUCAAGUGUCAACUCCAACUCUCGUGGAGGUCUCAAGAAGCCUAGGAAAAGUGGGCAGCAAGUGUUGUACGCAUCCUGAAGCAGAAAGACUGUCCUGUGCUGAAGACUAUCUGUCCGUGGUCCUGAACCGGUUGUGUGUGUUGCAUGAGAAGACCCCUGUGAGCGAGAGAGUUACCAAAUGCUGCACAGAGUCCUUGGUGAACAGACGACCAUGCUUUUCUGCUCUGCAAGUCGAUGAAACAUAUGUUCCCAAAGAAUUUAGUGCUGAAACAUUCACCUUCCAUGCAGAUUUAUGCACACUUCCUGAGGCUGAGAAACAAAUCAAGAAACAAUCUGCACUUGUUGAGCUGUUGAAACACAAGCCCAAGGCAACAGAGGAACAACUGAAAACUGUCAUGGGGGAUUUUGGAAGCUUUGUAGACAAGUGCUGCGCAGCUGAAGACAAGGAGGCCUGCUUUGCUGAGGAGGGUCCAAAGCUUGUUGCUGCAGCUCAAGCUGCCUUAGCCUAAAACAACACAAUCACAACAUCUCAG